UGGGGACAAAUGUGCAGAUGUGGUUGUCAAAUACUGUUUGGUUGUUUUCAGAAUCAAAUUGACUGAAUGCUCCAUUACCAAGCCUUUAUUAGCGAGAGGAAAUUGAAAUGACUUCAAGUGUCGCCAAGGACAGACUUGUGAAUGGAUUGUGCAGACAGAGGGAAAGCGGGGAUUAUUGUGAUGUGCUGAUAACAGUUCCAAACUCUGUGCAUUUAUCAGCACAUUCCAACAUCUUGGCUGUUUCAAGCAUUUAUUUCUCGGACAUUGCAAGGAAGUCUUCGUCUCUCCUGCCACACAUUCCUUCAACAAGGCUAGGAGGUUAUGUCUCUCUUUCUGUCACAAUUCAUUCCAGCUGGGGAAAUGAAAGUCAAUCUGAAAAGGUCCAGCAAGCUAUGGUCUCAGCCAACCAAGGAGAUGUGAUUGAAGACAAUGUUCAGACAAGUACAGCUCAAGACAUCAUCUAUAUUGAGCCAGCAAAUGAAGGAGUAAAUAUGGACCAGGUUAUUUUCAGUGUGCAGGGAACUCCCAAUUUGAUGACUGUUCUUGGCAAUGAGUUAUCUGACAGCAACAUGUCAGCAGCAAUCCUGGGUUCUGGUGGUGUUGGUGAUGGAAUCACCAUAGUUCAGCCCUCUGCAGGUCUCCCAGGGAGCAGAACUGUUGAUGUGCCAGAGACAGCCUCAGUAACGGAUGUGGUGGCAGUCAGCACUAGUGAUAUGGCGAUUGGUAGCAGUGAGGUGGUUACUGUAUCUGGCUCGUCUCCCUCGGUGGAGACGGCGAGCCCUGAUGGGAGGCCGAGCUCGGCGGCGCGUCAUCCCAGGGCUCCCCGUCAGCCGGGCGCCUACCGAUACCUACUGGAGCUGUCUGUGGCGGAGGGGGCGCCCGCCGAGCCGUCCCUCCUGGCCGACUGUGUCCGCCAGCUGGUGGAGUUCGCCUACUGCAGUCCGCUGGCCGUGUCUGAGGAGACACACCCCGUCCUCUACGACCUCGCCAAGCUGCUACAGAUGGAGGAAGCCGUAUCGCUGUGUGAGAAACACGCCGUGGACCGGCUGGUGGGCAGCUCUCCGGAGCCGCCGCCGCCGGCAGCCGCCACGGAACAGCGCCCGGGCCCUCAGGGCCGGCCGGCCGGCGGUGAGUCGGCGCGACUGCACGUGUGCCGCAGCUGCUCCUUCACCUGCCAGGGCGCGGCACGUAUGCACGAGCACCGGCGCAUGCACCACGUGCGCAGCUACGUGUGCGGCUUUUGCGGCGUGACGCGUCAGAAGACGAGUCAGCUGCUGCGCCAUCUGAUCGAGGCUGAGCACGGCGAGACGGUCUGCUCCCUCUGCUUCCACGAGUGCGCGCCCGGCGAGAGCAUGGCCGAACACUACCGACGCCACAACGACCCGCGCCCCUUCUUCUGCUCUGUGUGCUUCGCACGCUUCCCGAGUCGCACCGGACUAAACUUGCACAUGCCGACUCACUCCAGCGCCAAGCCGUUCGAAUGCCGCACCUGUGGACGUGCCUUCAAGUGGCGGCACGCGCUGCAAAGUCACGCCCGAACACACGGUGCCGAGAAAAAGCUGCUCUGUGACGUGUGUGGUUUCUGCACGCGUCACACGGGCCAGUUCAAGGCACACAAGGCGCGCCAUGCGGGUGCCACUGAGCCGUGUCCGCACGAGGGCUGCUCGUUCCGCGCCACCACCGGCUGGCUGCUCAAGGACCACCUGGUCACGCACGCUGCCGACAAGCAGUACCAGUGUGAGGUGUGCGGCAAAAAGUUCGGACACGUUCGCAACAUGCGGCGCCACGCGUUGCUGCAUGGUCGCGAGGGCGUGCUCGGCUGCCAGCGGUGUCCCUACAAGACGACACGAUCGGACAAACUGGCCCAGCACGUGCGAGUCAAACACGGUGCGCCUCCGGGUCCGACUGCGGCCGGUGCGGAUGAUCCGCCACUGCCGGUGGAGCCACCAGCGGCGGUGGAGGCGGUGCCCAGACGCCCUCGGUCCGGUCCGGCAGCCAAACGCCCCAGGAAGGCGUCUCCGGCGGUCGGCAGCCAGCCGAUGCCACCGCCGGCCGCCUGGCGCCCGGUGCCGAUCCUGCCCCGGGACCCGGAGCUGGUGCGGCGGCCGGCCACCGACCGCCCUCGCCGCGUGCGUCGGCGGGCACCGAGGACUCCGGCCGUGGCCGAGCCCGUGGAGCCGGUCCGUGGUGGGGAGCGGGUCCCAGCCGCACCACCGCCAGGCUGACGGCCAUCAUCGCUUACAGGGAGUCACCAUGAGUCAGGUAACCGCCAUUACAUAUGAAACGUGUAUUUGUACCGCUACAGCCAGGCGUUCCGCUUAUUUAUAGCAACGCAACAAUCUAUUGUGUAUGCCGGUUGAUUAACUGAUAGUGCCUGCUACCUGCUAGCUGCAGCAGUGCUAGUUCUGGUACAGAAUAGCAUGCAUGCUUGCUUCCGUUGUGCGCCAGUCUGCAGCCAUGUGUGAUACGAAUCGUUUUGUUAUGCAUCUCAGGAAAUCGAAAUAUGCGGAUUGUUUCUGGAAAAGAGACAUUUUAGGAACUUUACUAUCGCUUCAGAAACUUAAUUAUACAAAAGCCCUACUUGCAAUGAAAUAAAAGACACGCCGAUUGA